AUACACAACAGUGUAUUGAAAAUGUUAAAGGUAUAUAGGUUUAAAGUAACUGUAAACAAAGACAUAAUAUGUCAUAUAAUAUAUGGCAAAGGAUUGUUCUUCACUCGAACUAAUUCAAAACAGGACUCUAAUUACUCGGAGAUUAUAGAUAAAAACAUACGUCAAUUGAGGAAGUUAACUUAUUCGGUGGAAAAGUUGUGAUAUAUCUAGAAACAAAAAUUAUAUUUAUUCCACAAUAUUAUAUGAUGAAAGAUCUACAGGUUCAAAGGUAACGGAAUACUUUUUAAAGCUAAACCAGGCAUGUGAAAAUUUAAGAGAUUACUUUUAUUCAUACAUGUGCAUGUAGUAGAAAACAACAGAAAUGGGACAGACUUCGUCUAUACAGAGUCCUCGCAUUGAUGCAGUUCCUGGUACCUCUAGACGGAGAACAGCUUCGGUACCAGAAACAACCGAUGAUUUUAAAGCAACCAUAGAAAACAUUCGCCAACAACAGCAUGGAAGGAAGAAAGUGAUUUCUGUCAACAGAGAUGACGUCAAAAGUGUUAUGUUUCCAUACUUGAAAACACCAAACAGUGAGUUUUCUCCUCUUGAUAUCACAUUUGAAUGUGAUGGUGUAUCGGAAAAGGCGGUAGACCUGGGAGGACCUAGCAGAGAAUUAUUUACACUAUUAUUUCAAGAAUUUUUGCAAUCGAACUUGGGACUUUUUGAAGGAAAAGGUGGAUUUGUGUUACCUGUGAACAAUAAAAAGGCAAUCGAUGCUCACGUCUUUCGUGCGUUUGGCAAGGCCGUUGUAUUAUCGCUUAGUACAGAUCCUCAUGGACCUGGAUUUCCGUAUUUUCCAUCAUUUAUUGUGAGUUACCUCAUUGGAAGAGAGUAUAUACAUGAACUGAGCUCAUUGUUCCUUGUCAACGAAUUUCUUAAACAGUUUAUCACAGAUAUUACAAAUGCAACCACUCAGAAUGACUUAGAUGAUAUUAUGGGCAAUGACGACGAAAGAUUUACAGAUAAUUGCGGAUGGCCAGGGAAUGAAAGGGUUACAAUGUCUAACAGAUGGUCAUUUGUGCAAACCUUACUACAAUGGGAUUUGGUUGAUAAACGAAGAACUGCUCUUGAUGAUAUGAAAAAAGGAUUAAAUACUUUCAACUUUCUUGAUGAUACAAAGUCUCUCCCCGAAUUUGAACGCAUAUUUCUUUUGAGAAAUAAGCAAGAAACAACGGCGAAUUUCAUACAGAAGAAACUUAUUCCAGAAGUACAAAAAUUACGUACCGAAAACCAAGAAGAAGAAAAGGCACAGAAACAAACAGUUAAAUGUCUUCAAAUAUUAGAAGACGAGGAGGCUGCUUAUCUGUUUCAGUUUAUUACCGGACUUGACGAUGUACCGCCAUACAACUUUUCCAUCCAGGUGGCGUUUAAUCGAAAGAAUAAAAAAGCGACAUUACCUGAAGCUAUAACUUGUAUUCAGAGACUUCUCAUUCCUCUGGGUAACAAAUCGAGAUUAGACUUUUAUAAAUCAUUUGACAUUGCAAUAAAAAUGGGCAGACUUGGAUUUUCAGAUGAUUCAUAGCACUGUCGGACUAAUGAGUAUAACAUGUGUAACUCAGGAGAUUAUCUAUGACACAGAUGAUUUUGUUUUAAUGUGAUUUAACGUGAAUAUCAUGACUUGUGAACACUUGAAAAAUGUCAUACAAUUUUUAAAUUGAUAUACACAUCUUAUAUCAAAUUUCUUAAGCUUAAUGAAUUACUAGUCGUGAAUUUACGUAUGCUUUAAUUGAAUUUUAUACAUUUGAGAAUAUUUACAUAUGAAUAUCCACGGUAAUAACAUUCCUAUUAGUAAUACAUGAAAUUCAUGUCAGCAAAUUUAUCUGUGUACCAGUGUCAUAAUAUUUGCUAAUUUAUUUUUCAAACUGCGCUUUGAAAUCAUAAUGUGAUAAUCGUUUUAUUCUUAUUUUUGUUAUGUUAUUUUACUAUAACACAUAUAGCCUAAGCAAAAACAUAUUGCAGUGCAACCCCAUAUUGAAUCAUAUUGUGCUAUCUUACGAUUGUAUAUAAUAUGGGACAUGUAUAGUCAGUUUGCUUGCAUACUCAUUCCUUGUUUGAGAGAAAUAGUAUUAAAAAUACUUAUUACAUACAACAGUUGAAAAGAUAUAAUGCAAAAAAUUGAAGUUUUUUUUAAUGUUUAGUGUAAGUUUUCAACAUUUCAUAGGCCCUAAUUGAGCUCGGCUGGUUCUCCUAUAUCCCCGUCCGUUCCUUAUAGGCCAUAUUAAAAUGUAUAUUAUCUAAAACGUUUAGACAAAAGACAGAAGCAAACAAAAUGUGCAAUGUAUUCGAAUGUCUUUUUUUUUGUUUUUUGUUGCUUGUUAUCAUUACAUGUAUAACAUUAUUGAAUUGUGCAUUAAAUGUUUAUAAUA